AUGAAGGUUUACAUUGAAGUAGUAUCCAAAGAGAUUAUCAAACCAUCUUCUCCAACUCCCGACCAUCUCCGCCAUUACCAGUUCUCCUUUCUCGAUCAGUUAUCUCCCCCAGUCUACAACUCCUUGGUCCUCUUCUAUGAAUUCAAUGGAGAAACACAACCCAGAAUUCCUGAAAUAUCCAACCACCUUAAGACCUCCUUAUCCGAGGUCUUAACACUUUUCUACCCAUUAGCCGGACGAGUCAAAGACAACAAGUUUAUAGAUUGCAAUGACGAGGGCAUACCCUACCUUGAAGCUCAAGUCAAGAACUGCAAACUUGCUGAUAUCCUCAAGAAUCCGAUCCCAGAGGAGCUCAACAAGUUCGUCCCAUUUGAACUGGAUGACACUGCUAACGAAUAUGCUCUAGGAAUCCAGCUCAACAUAUUUGAAUGCGGGGGAUUUGCAAUUGGUCAAUGCGUCUCUCAUAAGCUCGCAGAUGGAUCAUCUUACUUCAUGUUCAGCAAAACUAUUGAAAGAAAGCAUAUCAAGGAUCAAGAAGACUACCCGGUCCUUCCUACUUCCAUCGAUCCAAUUCAAUUUGCUGGGCCCAACCCACAUGAACAACCCACUCCUCAACUAUCCACUCCUUCACGUACCCAAUCUCCUCCUCCACCGACUCAUACUGUAUCUGAUUCUCCACCAACUGCCGCUCAUGACUCCUCCACCAACCCGUCGUCACAUCGACCGGCGUCACCCCAACCAACGUCGCCGGCCUUCCCUGACCCUACGCCGCCACCACAAAGCCCUUCAACCACUGACGCCACCACCACAUCGGCGCUGCCUCUAGCGCCUUCAUCAUCGGUGGACGACCCAUCCCCACCACCGGUCCAGUCACCAUCAUCCCAUAAUCCGCCAACUCCGCUAUCACCAUCCUCAGCCCAUAAUCAACCACCAACACCGCUCCAAACACCACCACCACCACCAAUCCAGACGCCACCACCACCGACCCAGAAUCAUCCAUCACCGGCCUCGCAUCACCCACAACCGACCCAGAUUGAUACAGCCAUCCCAGACCUUCGCCGCUCCACUCGGCCACAUCGACCUCCACCUUACCUUCGAGAUAACAAAACGCACCAUGCUGUCCUCCUGGGCCCUGACGCCUCCUCAUCCAUGUCUGGCACUCGGUAUCCUCUACAACAGUAUGUUUCCUACUCUGGGUUGUCUGAUACAUAUCGUUCAUUUGUUCAUACUAUAUCCAAUUUGGUUGAGCCUUCCAAUUAUGAACAAGCUAAACAUGAUUCAGAGUGGGUUGCAGCAAUGAAUUCUGAAAUACAGGCCCUUGAAGACAAUCACACAUGGUCUAUGGUCCCUCUACCUCCUGGCCACCGACCCAUAGGAUGCAAGUGGGUCUAUAAGAUCAAGUACCAUGCCGACGGCAGCAUCGAGCGUUACAAAGCUCGACUUGUUGCCAAAGGGUUCACUCAACGCGAAGGCAUCGAUUACAAAGAUACUUUCGCCCCUGUUGCCAAGCUCAUUACUGUCCGUUGCUUACUAGCAGUUGCCGCUAUUCGAAAUUGGCCAUUACACCAGAUGGAUGUGCAUAAUGCUUUUUUUGCAUGGAGAACUCAAUAUCAGCAGUCUCGUGCCGAUUACUCACUGUUUACACAGGUCCGUGGUAAUUCAAUUACUAUUAUGCUACUUUAUGUUGAUGAUAUGGUCAUAACAGGAAAUGAUGAAAAGGCUAUAAGUGACCUCAAACAGUUUCUCAAUAGCUGCUUCAAGAUUAAAGACCUUGGUCCACUCAAAUACUUUCUUGGUAUUGAAGUUGCGCGUUCUCAAGCUGGAAUUACAGUUUGUCAACGAAAGUAUACAUUGGACAUAUUGGAAGAAGCUGGGUUACUUGGAACAAAACCAGCAACUGUCCCCAUGGAACCUGAUUUGGUGCUAUCAGAAACAGGGAGUGAAGCUCUCAAGGAUCCCACUCGAUACCGCAGGCUGGUUGGGAAGCUGAUAUACCUUACAAUUAGCCGACCAGAAAUCACGUACUCUGUGAACACACUCAGUCAAUUCAUGCAGAUACCCAAGUUACAUCACCUCAAGGCUGCCCAUCGACUUCUUCAAUACUUGAAGGCAGCCCCAGGGCAAGGACUAUUAUUCCCAUCAAACAGUCCACUUCACUUGAUUGGAUAUUGUGACGCUGACUGGGCAAGAUGCCCAAUCACACGACGGUCUAUAACAGGCUAUUGCAUUUUUCUUGGCAAGUCUCUUGUGUCUUGGAAGAGUAAAAAGCAGACAACAGUUUCAAGAUCAUCAGUUGAAGCAGAAUAUCGAUCCAUGGCUGCAGCCACUUGUGAACUUUCUUGGUUGAGAUAUUUAUUAAAGGAUUUACAUGUAGCACAUCCUCAACCAGCAAGAUUGUUCUGUGACAAUCAGGCAGCCUUACACAUUGCUGCAAACCCGGUGUAUCAUGAGAGGACGAAGCACAUUGAAAUAGACUGUCAUACAGUUCGUGAGAGAAUCCAAAGAGGAGAGAUCAAGACGGCUUAUGUGGAAACUGGAAAGCAGAUAGCAGAUAUACUUACGAAGCCAUUGCGAUCACCGCUAGCUUGUACAGACAAGUGUAUUGCAAUAUACAGAAAUUCAUCUUCACUAUCAUUUUGUUUAAAAACUUGGGCUGCCAUUGCCCUCGGAGUCUCUGGAGAUCAUAGUCAUGCCGAAACCAAUCGCCCCGAAUUUAUUUCAGCCAACCUCUUCCCACCAAAGGACCUCACCGGGUAUAUCAAUCCAAGCAUUGCGUCUAUCACAAAGAACAAGGUAACAAAAAGGUUUGUGUUUGACGCCUCUAACAUAGAGGUGCUCAGAGUGAAAUAUGAAGGCAAUGCAGGUUUGGAGAAGGAUGAAAAACACCCAUCGCGUGUUGAGGUCUUAUCGGCUUUCAUAUGGAGCCGAUUUGUGGCGGUUACUAAGGAUACUGGAGCAGCUGAGAAGUUGUACAUGGUGAUCCAUGCAGUGAAUUUGCGUUCAAGGUUUGAUCCACCAUUGCCAGAACAUUCUUUUGGCAACCUUUAUCUACGUACUACUACAUCCGAAGAAGAAUAUUGUUAUGGUCUCAUAAGGCAGGUAUGUGAAGAAAUAAGCAAGAUCGACAAGGACUACUUGAAAAGACUGCAACAAGGCGAUGAGCACUUGAGUUUCAUCAGGAGAAACACUGAUAGUUUUAUGAAAGGAGGGAUUGUUGCAUUUAGUUUCAGUAGUUUGUGCAGUCUUCCAAUAUAUGAUAGUGAUUUUGGUUGGGGAAGGCCUACGUGGGUAGGUUCGCCGGCUCGGACCUUCAAAAACCUGGUCCAUUUCCUGGACACUAAAGAGGGUGAUGGAAUAGAAGCUUAUAUUUGCUUGGAGAAAGAAGUAAUGGCUAAAUUUGAGACUGACAGUGAGUUCCUCGCUUAUGUUAAUCCAAAUGAUGUGUGUUGA